GAGAAACUGCUCUCAGUUUAUGCAGAUACCUAGAUCUGAAAUUUUCAGGAAGGCGUCUUCAUAAACGCCGUUUCCACUUUUCAUUCUUUCUUCCAGAUCUGAAUUUGGAUUUCAUCGGAAAAAACUGCGAAAAUGAGAGAAUGCAUCUCAAUCCACAUCGGACAGGCCGGAAUUCAGGUCGGAAAUGCAUGCUGGGAGCUUUAUUGCCUUGAACAUGGCAUUCAGCCUGAUGGCCAGAUGCUGACUGACAAGACUGUUGGAGGAGGUGAUGAUGCAUUUAACACCUUCUUCAGUGAAACUGGGGCUGGAAAGCAUGUUCCUCGUGCUGUUUUUGUAGAUCUUGAGCCUACUGUCAUUGAUGAAGUCAGGACAGGAACAUACAGACAGCUCUUUCACCCCGAGCAACUCAUUAGUGGCAAAGAAGAUGCAGCCAACAACUUUGCCCGUGGCCAUUAUACAAUUGGGAAAGAAAUAGUUGAUCUUUGUUUGGACCGCAUUAGGAAGCUUUCAGAUAACUGUACUGGCCUUCAAGGUUUCCUGGUUUUUAAUGCUGUUGGUGGUGGCACUGGUUCUGGUCUUGGAUCACUUUUACUGGAGCGUCUCUCAGUUGACUAUGGCAAGAAAUCAAAACUUGGAUUCACAAUUUAUCCCUCACCACACGUCUCAACAUCUGUUGUGGAGCCUUACAACAGUGUGCUUUCAACUCACUCCCUGCUUGAGCACACUGAUGUUGCAAUUCUUCUUGACAAUGAGGCCAUUUAUGACAUUUGCAAGCGCUCACUGGACAUUGAGCGCCCCACAUACACCAACCUUAACCGCCUUAUUUCACAGGUGAUUUCUUCUCUGACUACAUCUUUGAGGUUCGAUGGAGCCCUGAAUGUUGACGUGAAUGAGUUCCAGACAAAUCUUGUACCCUAUCCCAGAAUCCAUUUUAUGCUUUCUUCCUAUGCUCCAGUCAUUUCAGCUGAGAAGGCUUACCACGAGCAGCUCUCAGUUGCAGAGAUCACAAACAGCGCAUUUGAACCCUCUUCUAUGAUGGUUAAGUGUGACCCUCGCCAUGGCAAGUACAUGGCCUGCUGCCUCAUGUUUCGUGGUGAUGUUGUGCCAAAGGAUGUCAACGCUGCUGUGGCCACCAUCAAGACCAAGCGCACUAUCCAAUUUGUCGACUGGUGUCCUACUGGUUUCAAGUGUGGUAUCAACUACCAACCACCUUCUGUGGUUCCUGGAGGCGACCUUGCCAAGGUGCAAAGAGCUGUGUGCAUGAUCUCUAACUCAACUAGUGUUGCAGAGGUCUUCUCUCGCAUUGAUCACAAGUUUGAUCUGAUGUAUGCCAAGCGUGCUUUUGUGCACUGGUACGUUGGUGAGGGUAUGGAGGAAGGUGAGUUCAGUGAAGCCCGUGAGGACCUUGCUGCUCUUGAAAAGGAUUACGAGGAGGUUGGUGCUGAAUUGGAAGAUGAAGAUGGCGGCGAUGAAGGAGACGAGUACUGAUUGAAUACAUUGUGGUGUGUGAUGUGUUUGUCUUGGUUGUUUGUUAUUUGAUGGAUUUCUGUUGCACUCCUAGCAAUGAAUAUUACUUCUUGUGGUCUUCUAAACUGAAUUGUGCUGUUAUGGAAAUCAAAAUAUGUUUGUUUGACUGUUA